AUGGAAAAGUUUGACAAAAACCAGUAUCAAGAGUUAUUGGAACUAGAGAAACACGAAGGCGUGUUUCUGAAUAUAACGGAAGAUGAAUGUUUUAUUUGCAAUAACAUGACCCCUCCAGGCGAGGGCGUUAUGUUAAAGAACUGCUUGCAUGGUUUUUGCAGAGCAUGUAUCAAGCAAUCGUUGUUCCAAACAGCCACCAUGUCCUGUCCGUAUCCCAACGGUCAAUUUGAAUGCGAAGGCAAUUUGUUGGAAUGCGAAGUGCAAGCUAUUCUUACAGUUGGUGAAUACCAGGAUUUUUUGAACCGUCUUUUUGCCUCCGUUGAUUCGGAUGUGCAACCGGCUAACAUCGAAGACGAUGCGAACUUGGUCGUUGCUUUAACGGACGCAUCGGUACUACCGUAUCAUGCAGCGUUUGAAUGUCCCGUUUGUUUCGCCGAAAUCGGUGCCUAUAAGGGCUUAAUUGUACGGGAUUGUUUUCACACAUUUUGCCGUGAAUGCUUAGCUGGUUCAGUAAAACAUUCAAACGAUGCAGUUGUACGAUGCCCGUUUCAAGAAAAUGGAAAGGCUUGUGAAACUAUAAUUGAGGAUCCAGAAAUUAAGCAGCUGGUUGACGAAACAGAUUAUGACGUUUACCUAAAGCGGUCACUGAAAAAAGCCGAAAGUGCGGCAGAAAAUGCUUUCCACUGUAAAACACCCAACUGCGAUGGGUGGUGUAUAGUAGUGGAUGAAUCAGCCACUAUUUUUCAGUGUCCAGUUUGUGUAGCUGAUAAUUGCUUGCGUUGCAAGGCUAUUCAUAAUAAUAUGACCUGUGAGGAAUACGGCGAUGGAAGCUAUGAAAACCAACUAUCCGAGAUUGCAAAAAAAAACUUGGUUGCUGCCAGAGUAGCAAUGCCUUGUCCAAAGUGCCAUAUAUUGAUCGUAAAAAAUCAGGGAUGCGAUGGUUUAAACUGCACAAUAUGCAAGACACAAAUCUGCUGGGUUACUAGAGGACCACGCUGGGGUCCAGGUGGUGCGGGCGACAUUUCUGGUGGUUGUCGGUGCAAUGUUAAUGGCCAGAAGUGUCACCCAAAUUGUGCAAAUUGCCAUUAA